GUCAACUUCGAAGCUUUUACGUGAUUAUCGUUUUCCUUUUACAGGUAGCAAAUCUACCUCAUCUGCUUCCAAUAUAUCACCUUCUCCAGCAACUUCCAUGUCUUCAACGGCGUCAGCCAUGCUACCGGCUCUUCCAGGAUCCUGUCUUUACAACUUAGGAGGCCAGUACGGAUAUUUCCACAGCCCAAAUUACCCAUCUAACUACGACCACCAACUUUAUUGUGUUUGGGUUAUUACUGUACCAAAUGGCUACUACAUAUACCUCCGCUUUGAUCAUUUUCAUCUGGAAGGUAUUUCUGGAAUUUGCCCUUACGACUACGUGCAGAUAUAUGACGGAACAUCUCACCAAAGCCUCACAAUGAAACGCUGCGAUCAUCAAAACUCUUGGUGUGUUUACAGUCACAGCAACGUCCUUUAUGUGUAUUUUGUGACAGAUCAUUCUGUAUCCUACUCUGGUUUCACUGCUUAUUAUGAAAGAGUCCAUGAAACAUAUUAUGUCUGCCCGCAUCCAAAUGCAACUCACCAUUUACCAUCGAGUACUUUUAGUGGUAUAUCUCCUACACCAGCAUCGAUAUCACCAAUGUCAACAGCCAUGCUGCCACCUGCCUCUGGAUCCUGUCUCUACAAUCUAUAUGGACCACAAGGAAAUUUUAGCACUCCAAACUACCCACAAAACUACGGCCACAAUGUCCAUUGUACUUGGCUUAUUACGACAUCCCCAGGUUCUUACAUUUUCCUCCGCUUUGAUCAUUUCCAUCUGGAGGGUAGUCAUGGAAGUUGCCCUUACGACUACGUACGGAUAUAUGAUGGAAAUUCUUAUCAAAGCCUAACAAUGAGACGCUGCGAUUAUCAAGAUUCCUGGUGCAUUUACAGCCACAGUAACAUCCUUUACGUACACUUCCAAACAGACGGUUCAGUUUCCUACCCUGGUUUCACUGCCUUUUAUGAAAAAGUCUCUAAGAGAUACGCAGCCUGCAAAGUCAAUUCGAGUAGCGAAUCUACCUCAUCUGCUUCCAAUAUAUCACCUUCUCCAGCAACUUCCAUGUCUUCAACGGCGUCAGCCAUGCUACCGGCUCUUCCAGGAUCCUGUCUUUACAACUUAGGAGGCCAGUACGGAUAUUUCCACAGCCCAAAUUACCCAUCUAACUACGACCACCAACUUUAUUGUGUUUGGGUUAUUACUGUACCAAAUGGCUACUACAUAUACCUCCGCUUUGAUCAUUUUCAUCUGGAAGGUAGCUCUGGAAGUUGCCCUUACGACUACGUGCAGAUAUAUGACGGAACGUCUCACCAAAGCCUCACAAUAAAGCGCUGCGAUCAUCAAAACUCUUGGUGUGUUUACAGUCACAGCAACGUCCUUUAUGUAUAUUUUGUGACGGAUCAUUCUGUAUCCUACUCUGGUUUCACUGCUUAUUAUGAAAGAGUCCAUGAAACAUAUUAUGUCUGCCCGCAUCCAAAUGCAACUCACCAUUUACCAUCGAGUACUUUCAGUGGUAUAUCUCCUACACCAGCAUCGAUAUCACCAAUGUCAACAGCCAUGCUGCCACCUGCCUCUGGAUCCUGUCUCUACAAUCUAUAUGGACCACAAGGAAAUUUUAGUACUCCAAACUACCCACAAAACUACGGCCACAAUGUCCAUUGUACUUGGCUUAUUACGACAUCACCAGGUUCUUACAUUUUCCUCCGCUUUGAUCAUUUCCAUCUGGAGGGUAGUCAUGGAAGUUGCCCUUACGACUACGUACGGAUAUAUGAUGGAAAUACUUAUCAAAGCCUAACAAUGAGACGCUGCGAUUAUCAAGAUUCCUGGUGCAUUUACAGCCACAGUAACAUCCUUUACGUACACUUCCAAACAGACGGUUCAGUUUCCUACCCUGGUUUCACUGCCUUUUAUGAAAAAGUCUCUAAGAGAUACGCAGUCUGCAAAGUCAAUUCGAGUAGCGAAUCUACUUCAUCUGCUUCCAAUAUAUCACCUUCUCCAGCAACUUCCAUAUCUUCAACGGCGUCAGCAAUGCUGCCGGCUCUUCCAGGAUCCUGUCUUUACAACUUAGGAGGCCAGUACGGAUAUUUCCACAGCCCAAAUUACCCAUCUAACUACGACCACCAACUUUAUUGUGUUUGGGUUAUUACUGUACCAAAUGGCUACUACAUAUACCUCCGCUUUGAUCAUUUCCAUCUGGAGGGUGGUUUUGGAAGUUGCCCUUACGACUACGUGCAGAUAUAUGACGGAAAGUCUUACCAAAGCCUAACAAUAAGACGCUGCCAUUAUCAAAACUCUUGGUGUGUUUACAGUCACAGCAACGUCCUUUAUGUAUAUUUUGUGACGGAUCAUUCUGUAUCCUACUCUGGUUUCACUGCUUAUUAUGAAAGAGUCCAUGAAACAUAUUAUGUCUGCCCGCAUCCAAAUGCAACUCACCAUUUACCAUCGAGUACUUUCAGUGGUAUAUCUCCUACACCAGCAUCAAUAUCACCAAUGUCAACAGCCAUGCUGCCACCUGCCUCUGGAUCCUGUCUCUACAAUCUAUAUGGACCACAAGGAAAUUUUAGCACUCCAAACUACCCACAAAACUACGGCCACAAUGUCCAUUGUACUUGGCUUAUUACGACAUCACCAGGUUCUUACAUUUUCCUCCGCUUUGAUCAUUUCCAUCUGGAGGGUAGUCAUGGAAGUUGCCCUUACGACUACGUACGGAUAUAUGAUGGAAAUUCUUAUCAAAGCCUAACAAUGAGACGCUGCGAUUAUCAAGAUUCCUGGUGUAUUUACAGCCACAGCAACGUCCUUUACGUACACUUCCAAACAGACGGUUCAGUUUCCUACCCUGGUUUCACUGCCUAUUAUGAAAAAGUCUCUAAGAGAUACACAGUUUGCAAAGUCAAUUCGAGUAUCUCACAAGGCAUAACACCUACUUCAGCUGCUCCACGGGCAUCCGCUAGCGCAGCUCCUUCAUUUCCUUCAGAAUGCCAUUACCACUCAUACCUAACAGAAGCAGAAAGAAGGAUGAGUUACUAUAACGGCUUCAACGGAUAUCUCCAAUGUGACAACUUGUUACCGCUUGGAUGGUAUCGAUUUGGUGGUGCAGCAGGAACAGAGAUGCCUACGUCCUGUGUAGGACAAAAUCGAUGUGGCACCCAUGCACCGGGUUGGUUGAAUGGCUCGCACCCGCGAGCAACUGAUGGAAUUGUCCGUGCUAAAGUGUGUUUCCAUUGGAGUUCUGAUUGUUGCUUGUGGUCUGCCAACAUCCGUGUUCGUAACUGCAGCGGUUUCUACGUGUACGAGCUUGUGCCCCCGCCAAAUUGUCACCUUCGUUAUUGUGGUAAUGGUGGAGCUCUAAACCCAACUAGUAUCGCACCAACACCCUCCCAGUCUAUUGCCGCCGUUACCCCGGCUAUUCCUGGAAACUGUUUCCACCACCUCAACCAACCUUCGGGUAGCUUUGAGAGUCCAGGCAAACCAGGUUGUUACCCGAACAACAAGCACUGCGCCUGGCUGCUCGAAGCUCCUGUUGGUCAAUACAUUGAUCUACAAUUCUAUUCUUUCCAUUUGGAAUACGGAUCUUCUAACUGCCCGUGGGAUUAUGUCGAAAUUCUUGACGGCAACUCAUUGCACAGUCCUAUUCUUGUCAAGGCGUGCGGCCAGUUGGCAUGGUGGAGAUUGUACAGUAGUGGGAGGUUCCUCAUGGUGCUGUUCAAUUCGGACGGUAUUAUCGGGAUGCCUGGAUUUUCUGCUUAUUACCGAGCUUCAUAUUAUAGAUACAACAUUCCAUUACCAAGCCAACAAGUGUCAAUAACAAGCCCAGUGCAGUGUUUUCCUACGCAGACACAAACUGCCACCCCUUUCACGUCAAAUGUGCACGGAAUCCAACCGACACCUGCUUCUGCAAUGACAUCGACUUUCUAUGCUGCUUCAAGUGUAAACGUCCAGCCAGAUCCUUCCCAGUUCCAGUUUCAUUUACCGGCGCAAUGCGAACAAAGUUGUCACAACACGUUAGGAAGUUACACUUGCUCUUGCGUUAGUGGAUACCAACUGGCCGCGGACGGGAAAUCGUGCUCAGACGUUGAUGAAUGUUUGAUCAAUAAUGGUGGCUGCAGCCACCAUUGUUACAAUAUCCCUGGAUCAUAUUAUUGUGGCUGUCCGGAAGGAACCAGUAUGGGUGCUAACAAUUUGACUUGUGUUGAACCUGGUGUGUCUGUUAACUGCAGUGACAUUAUAACGGUUGCCUUAGAAAAGAAGACAUUUCCAUUUUUUGACGUUGCCCGACUACACUUGAGGUACUCAUCAUGUAAAGCCACACAGAAUGACACCCAUCUGCUGAUCAGCACUCCUUUGAAUGGUUGCGGAACACUGGUCAACGAGACUGAAGAUGAUCUGAUCUUCUGGAAUGAAAUCCGAACGGAGGUGGUCCUUAUCGACAAUGUCAUAACUAGAUCACAUGACGUCAAAAUUCCAUUUUAUUGUAGUUAUUCGAGAAGGAAAUGGGUCAACCUGGGUUUCAAGCCUCAGCAUCUACACUUUGGAACAGAAGUUGGGUAUGGAAACUUUACCUUUAAAAUUGACUUUUACAAGAGUUCGUCAUUUUCCACACCCUAUACUGAGCAGGACUACCCGCUGAGCGUGCCAGUCAAUCAGUAUUUGUAUGUGAGAUACAGCGUGGAAUCCAGUGCUGAUCUGGCGAUAAUGGCUGUGACAUGUAGGGCCACUAAAACUGGAAGCUUGUACUCCUGGCCACAAUACUCUAUUAUACUGAAUGGUUGUCCGCGAGACACAACCAUGGAAUACAACUUUGAUCCCCAAAGGAAUUACCAGCAGUUUAAAAUCAGAGCAUUCAGAUUCUUUAACGACUACGAUCAGGUGUACAUUCACUGCGAAGUUUUGGCCUGUCAUAAAUACUCUUCAAACUCCAGGUGCACCCAAAGUUGUUUAGGCAGUAAGAAGAGAAAGCGGAGGGAUGUUACCCGUGACGAAACAGAACAUGAAGAGAGUACUACCAAAGUCACUCUUACACGAGGACCACUGAUCAUUCAACAGGACGAAGAACCAGGAGAAACUGGUCAAAACAAGCAAACUGCGCUGAUAGGUGGCGUAGCAGGUGCUGGAGGAUUUGCUCUGGUUGCAGUUGCUGCAUUGGCUGUUUUAUUUGUCAAGUACCGCAUUGCACGACGGUUCAUAAACAGAAACAAGGUUGGAGACCUGUACACAACCCAAGAUGAACAGCUAAGCAGAAGAAAUGCUUACGUUCAGCCUGAAGACAUGGUCGAACAAGAAGACUCCUUCUAAAUAAAAGCUAUUCUUCCGAGUCCAGCUGCUCAAAGGACAGAGAACGCUAUCAAACGGAUAAAAUCACUAUCCAGUGGAAAAGUAUGUAUAAACCGUACUGCGCAAUCCACCGGUUAGGAAUUUAUCCAAUAAGAAAGCGUUAUCCACCCUUUGAACAACCAAAGCCUGCAUUGCUUACUUGCCUCCACAUCAAGCAGCAAUUACAUAUGUAGUUCAAGAAAUGUCUUACGGCAGUUACGAGUGCUUUCAUUGCAACCUCUGAUAAAAAUAAACAUUCUAAUCUAACUCCUGAGCAAUUUUGCCUAAAAUUUACGCAACUCUUUUGUUAGCCUACAAUUUUACAGUGUGCAGUCUCUUAAAGACUGCAGGCCUAACUUUGAAUAGAUCGCUUUCAAAUACAUAUCUAGAGAAUGUUUUCAAGAAUAUGUAAUCAAGAAUAUGUACCUUAAUUAAUAACCUUUUAUUGUUUUUA